AGUGUGACGUCUGUGGUGUACAGGUGCAGAGGGCGUGGUCGGAGCGGGGCUGAGGCAGACAGCAGAGAGGCAGGCAGAGCGCAAGAAAGACAGAAGGAGACGGCGGGGGGAUGUGCGCGUGUUUGUAGUACACAGCGCUGCAGGUACAGCGACAGACGGCGGAUUGUGCUUUCCGUUCCAGCCCUGGAACACCAUCCCCCAAAUUCCGGAGAUCCCCCCCUUCCCCCUGCGAUGUCUGGCGGUGAAGUGCGGGUGCUCCGCCGAGAGGCUGGACAGGAGAGCCCGAGGAUGCCGGCCUGGAAGAGAGAGAUUCUGGAGCGGAGGAAAGCAAAAGGCGGCGGGACCGGAGCAGGUGCAGCGGAGCCGUCCUCGAGCGCGGCCGCAACCCGGCUUAAUGGAGACGUAUCGGGAGAUAGCGGUGCCUCUAAAAACAAAGAGAGUGUGUCCAGCGCCAGUUCAAACAGGAGCUAUACCAUCACUCCGGCAAGCCAGCACUUCGCGGGGAAGCAUGGCAGCGCCUCCGCCUCCCCGGAUCUCUCCCCAGUGAAAUCAAACAAAGACCCCUGGAUUACGAACGACACUGUCGACGCGGAGAAAACCGGCAGAGGACGCGGGGGUGAAGAAGAAAGCCUGGUGCUGCAGGACAGUCUUGGCCCGUUACAGGAGAACCCAUUCAUUAAACUGGAGAAGGAGCGUAAAAGGCGACAGGAUCGCGAGAGCGCCGCUCGGCCGGUUCAGCAUAUAUUGGAGCUUUACGGCGGCGUUCCGGGCAUCCGGACUAUCCGCGCGGAGAACAUCAUUAUAAUAGAGUCUGACCCGGAUUAUUUCCCAGACGGUAGCGGCAUUAAAAGCGGUGCCAAGCUGCAACAGAACGGCACCGUCGGCAGCUACAGUUCCCUGAGUGACCUGGUAGACAGGAGAGGCAGUGCUGUGACCGAGAUCCGCGCCAAGGAGGUGGUCAUUUACGAUUCAGCGCUGAGCAAAAGCGAGGAGAACCUGAGCACGCUGGGCCGCCCGGGCUCCGAGGACGCGCUGGACCUGGGGCAGACCCAGGGCAGGGUGAGCCGCAUGCUGCAGAAGUUCGACCGCAACUACGGGAAGCUUCAGCCCAAGUCGCGCAGCACGGAGAACCUGCUGGACCUGGAGACCGGGCCGGUCAGGCCCUGGGCCCGGCCCAAACCGCAGCCAGAUCAUCAGGUGCCAAAGUCCACGCCGCCGCUGUGCCGCUCGCCGGCCCACAGUCCAGACCGCGCAGAGUCUGGCUCAGUCUUCCAGAGCUCCUCGUCUUCCAAGCCCCACUCCGAUUCCUCUCCGGAGGGGCACGCGAGCGACGGCUCCCCCGCCGGGUCCCCCCAGUCCGUGUCUUCCUACCGGCGGCACUUUGAGAAGGGCGGGGGGAGCGCCGCGCCGGCGAACCACAGGGAGGCGUCAGAGCGGUUCCAGACCCGGCCGCAGAGGCCGCGGGAUUGGCCGACCGCCGCCGAGGGCUCCUCCAGUCCCAGGGCGCCGCGCUCUCCGCCGGAGAGGCGCCGAGCCCCCGCCGCCGCCGCCGCCUCCCCGUCCCCGCCCCCGUCGCCGCCCUCCCCCGGGUUCGAGAUCCGCCCCUCGCCCCGGCCGGACCUGUCGGCGCUGCCGGCCGGGGACAUCCAGGCGCGCGCCCUGGCCAACCUGCGCCUGCAGUCCCGCAACUCCUUCACCGUCAUCCCCCGGCGGCGCGCAGGGGGCGCGGCCUCCCCCGGGAGCACCGCCCCCUCCAGCCCCGUCCAGUCCCCGACCCCCGCCGUCCAGAGGGCGCCGACGGAGCCGCCCGCCGCCGCAGUGCCAACCCCAACCUUCGCCGUGUCUCCGCCCACGCCGCCUACCGCCAAGAAGCAGGAACGGGAAACCGCGGCGGGACUAGCCAAAACGGAACUGUACGAACCGGACGCCCCCCUGGUGCCCGUGUCUCCUUUGCCGCCCUCGGAGCCCCCCCUGGACGCCCCCCCGAAGCGGGCGACGCCUGAACCCGCCGCGCCCGCCGCGUCCUCUGACCACCUGCCCGUCACCAACAUCGACGACAUCGAGGUGGAGGCGGGGCAGCCGGGUCCGAGCCCCAUGGUGCAGCGUCGCUCGGGGAACACCUUCACGGUGGUGCCUAAACGCAAGGCCGACCCCCAGCCUGCCCUGCCCGAGCCCCAGGAAGCAGGCCUCCAGACCCCCUCCACGCCGCCCCAGGCCCCCUACGCCCAGCUGGGCACCCUGCUGAAGAAGCGCUACCCCGCCGUGGACGAGAUCGAGGUGAUUGGCGGCUAUCUGUCGCCCGGCCGCUCCUGCCUCUCCAAGGCCAGCUCCAGCGGGAAAAAGCUGAACAUCUCUUUCAACGAGUCGGCGAGCACCUUCGAGUACCCGUCAGAAAGCAGCCUCUGGGACAGCGAGGAUGAGGAGCGGGAUGGGGAGGAAGAAGAGGACAUGCAGCGGGGAGAGGAAGAGGAGGAGGAGAAAGGCGGGGGGCGAAUGGUCAUCCCCCGGGUCAGCUACACCAGCACCCCAACGGACAGCACCAACGGCAGCGAUCUGUCCAGUUACACUCCCAAGAACUCUGUGGAUUUCAGUGCCUGGCAGGAACACAAACUUGAUCAGCCGUCGUUCCCGGGGGACUCAAAUUCCCAAGGCGCACAAGUGUCUUCAGAGGAAGUGAUGCUCACCCCGGCCGACGGCUCCUCCCUGUCCGAUUUCAGCAGUGAACCGGCGCUCUACUUCUGACCGGGGCGGGACCGGGAAAAUAAGGACCGCAGAACCGAACCACUGCCUGCCAGCACUGCUCACACUGACCCACAGCGCCACGGGACCAAACCACCCAGCGCUACAGGAGAGGAGUAACCCAUCCCAACAGAACCGCCACCGGUCACACCCCAUCAACAUUCAUGUCCAUCAGAACCGCCCCGAGUACUGCCAGAACCAGAACAGAAACCCUUUCACCAUCACGCUAGCCCGUUCCCAGAGGGAAAACCCAACGAGCUGGACUGCCCCCCACCCACCCACCUCCGGUCACCCCCUGCCCCCCCAGCAUGCCUCUGUCCCUGUUAGUGGGGUCUUGGCUGCCAGAGUAGCCCUAUCCAGCACUGCCUGCCCUCUUUAGAUGAAAUACUCGCUGAGAAUCUUUUUCAGAUUCACUGCCCAGCUCGCCCCUGCCCAGAGGGCCUCGUUCUCCGCGGUGUUGCCACAGAGGUGGGGGGGGCGGGGGCGUUACGGAAAGCGGGUGACCAAAUUCCCAUCCCAGAAUCCCAGGAGGCACCCCAAUGGUCCCACGCUGAGGGGGGAGAACAGGGAGGAGGAGCCGAAAUGACUUUAAUAGCGAAAGGGUGCCACAAUUCUCUCUCUCUUUGUGCUGUUUUUUUCCCCUACCUGCAUGUUCUGAUUUAGUGUUUCAUUUUUUAAUCGACCCCGUCCCUAAAAAAAAAAUUUACCCUCCUGUCGGUUAUUAUUCUUUUACAUCACAAUAUGCUGUACUUCAGGAACUGGUCUGUCCAGGAGGGCCUAGGGUCCAUGCAGGGUUACAGAAUGCCCCCCCCCCCAAAUCACGUUAAAAAGGCCCUGGCCAUCGGCACUGAGGCGUCUAAGAAAAGUCCUGUGGAAAUAGUCGCUCAUUGCAUUAGAACAGUCUUACAGAAUCAGGUUCAAUUGUCCUAAAGGGCACCGUGGGUUAGUCCUGACAAAAAUAACUUUAUGAUUAGCAUAAAGUAUACGUGUGCUUACUCUCUCACUGAAAGUGAUGUUAAAGUUCACUCAUAAGUUUGUGAUUUAUUCCAGCAAAUAAGUCUAUGUGUGUCAGCAAAACCCAGUAUAUUCCAGUUAGUCAGACCACGUGCAUUUCAGCAACAUGAGUUUAAGUUAAGUGUUUAAAAAAAUAAGAGUUUGCUCACAGGUGUAGCAUUUUAUGGAAAUUGGCAAAAAUGUAUGUCCUUUCUUAAGUAACGCUUCAGAUUGGAAAACGAUCAGGGCUUUGAUUGACACGUUAGCUCUGCUGGACCGGACCCAAUCCUGGAACCCAAACCAGGUCCUACACCACUGCUGGAGUAUGUAGAACCAGAACUCUGGGGCUCUUGAUUCAUAAAAGUCUGAUCCAUUCCGCAGCUGACGAACAAGCGGCCCGAACGUGCCAGCCCACAGCGGCAGGUUUUGAUUGUAAACCUUUACACUCCCUAAAGAACAAAGUGAAUUUGGCCCCUUACAGGAUGAUUGCUUGCCGUUGGUUGUCUGAAAACCUUUUUAAAAAAAAAAAACUGAUCAAACUGUACUGCAGGCAGGAAGAGUGGCAGGCGUAGUCCUGCUCGUGUGCUCGUUAUCGUCAGUGUUGCUCGUCGAAACGGUUUUGGUCUUUUUUUUUUUUUUUUUUUUUAACGUUUGGACUCAAGUCCGCCAGAACAUUCCGGAGAAACCGAGCCGGUGUCUUUUCAGCGUGAGCGGGAACGCGUUCGGACGCCCGUGAGCGCGUGCGGGCGACGCCCGAACGCCGACGCUACCGCAGAAACCCGCUGCUGGAAGACGAACGCUCUCCUCUUCACAGCGGACUGCUGAACACAAUGCCAAGUGAUUCUUACAUGACUGUUGACUGCCGCGUUGGCCAUCGCCAACACGGUCACCUUCGCCGUCGUCGUCAUCUUCUUCAUCAUCCGUUGACCAGUAUUGUUGAGACUUCAGGAUGCUGUUCUCUCAAAUAACAAAAAGUCAGAAACUUUAAUUUAUCAGACGCAUCUUUUUUUUAUUUUUUAUCAGUGCUAUUUUCAUAUCUUGCGAGCCAGGACAUGGGUUCUCAACUCCUGUGGGAAAACGGCUUGUCGGAAUUACAGAGACAGCUUCUGCUGUGCGCUUAAAAAAAAACAAAAAAAAAAAACGGACAGAAAUAAAAAAAGAUGCAUCAUGAGGUGACAUCAUCCAGAGGGAGACUGGGUUGGGUUGGGGGUGGGGGGAGGGAUGUUUCAAGUCUUAUGUCUUUUCAUGUUUUAUUUUUAUUUGCACUGUUAUUUUUAAUUGCUUCAUUUGCACUUUGAGCGUUCUGAUGGGACAGAGGGGCGGGGUUAGUACGGACGGCUUCGCGCCCCCCCCGAUUGGGCGCUCCACCCUUUGUCGCAUAUUUGCCAAGCUGGAAGGCCAGGUUUAAGCUUGGGUGGUGAGGGAGGGAUGGAGGUGAAGGUAAACCGGGUUCACGAUCAAUGCAGAUCAACAGGAAGGCGCCUUUAGGCCUUCUGAUUGGAGGAGCAAGCUCCAGGGGAGAUGAGUGAUUGGAUAAAGUGUUGCCCAGGAGAUACUGUCAGUUAAUCCCUCUUGAUUGGUUACUUAUAUUAUCAAUCACAAAGAGGCUUAAAGGCCCCAUCCAAACCUCAAUAGCUUCACUGGAGACCUUGGUUUUCUGGGAACUGGAAUUGGCCAGUACAGCUUCUGGUUGAAACCCUUAAACUGUGGAGCUGUAGGGUUUGGGAGUGAAACGCUGUUAAUCCUGGAAAGUUAUGAAUUGACGUUUAAAAAGGAAAGUAAGUGAACUGAGGGUAAUGAGGUAGCUGCUGGGUGGCUCACCCUGUUAAGACGACGGGCAGGUUGACGCCAGGGUCCGGGGACGGAAUCCGAUACCUGCGGGUGCAGACCGUCCAGCUGUACCGCAGCACUGCACAUAACUGCACAUACCUGGGUAUCCCCAUCUGGGAGGUGACUGGCUGCAGAGCGGAAAGCAGUAGUUGCUGCGACAACACUUCCUGCGGAGAAGAGAAUGCGUUUCACGCAGCUCUUCCACCCUGAUCAAACGGGCAGAGGGGGUGCAGUGUCCAGUGUAAGAAAAAAGACAAGGGAGUUUCCCCCGGCUGCAGACCUGGGUCAAAUACGUUUUUUGUUUUUUUUUGGGAUUCAAAUACUUUUCUACGCAUUACUGAUCUUGUCUGGUAUAUUGGAACCAAUUAAAUACUCUCAAAAAGUGCAAACCCCGCAUUCUGGUCAUAUUGGCAGGCUCAAUUACACCAGGCAAGAUCAAUAGAGCACAGAAACGUAUUUGAAUCCAAAACAAAUACGUAUUUGACCCAGGUCCGCCCGACUGCCAUCGUCAGUGUAUUACUGGUGUAGGAUUCAGUGUAAGGUAAUUUAAUACAUUCAGUUAAAUUUUAAUUAAUGCUCAUGGUUCCCCUUUGCACUUAUGUAAUGAUGUAAUCAACAUACUUUUCAGUCAUUCUCUGUCCUCUAUUCAUUGUGAAAUGAAGACGGGUAAUGAGGUUCUUAAGAUUCUCUGGCUCGACAAAUUAUCUCAAGGUAAUCGACUGUGAAAGGAAAUGAGAAAAGGAACGGCAGCAUAGAGAAGUGUCUGAACAUAAUGAGAGUCCGACUGCACGAGCCACCUGUCCUGACCUGUCACUCUGUGUCUGACUCCUCCCCCUCUCUCUCUCUCGCGUGCCUUCGCUCCUGCGUUUGAGACGCUCCGGUGGCGGUAAGCGCCCGAGCUCGGCGGAGCGCGGACGGCUCUCCCCAGAGCGCCCGCCCACACUCCGCGUACGCUUUCGAUUUCCCGAGGGGGAGGGGAUCUGGAUUACAGUUCGUUAAUUACAGCUAAUUAAACUGGCGCGAGCCAGCGGUGUCACUGCCCGCGAGACGGGGCUCCCUGGCGCGUCAGUCGGCACGGCGACGAUCCACCGGCGCGCGGCUGACGCCUCUGAGGAACGGAUCCUGAAUGGGGACCUGCCGUCGACGCCCCAGGACUCUCGCCCCCUGACAACGGCGUCCAUUUGCAGCCAUUAUGUAGCGACGGAGUCGAGGCAUUUAUGCGACGCGUUCAUCAAUAAAAACGGUGCCCGCUAACCUGUGAUUGGCCCGGGCGAUCAGCCUUGGCUUACGAUAGGCCGGGAGAUGCGUUGGUGAAUAAAACAUCAAAUCUUUUUCUGCCUUCAGCCCACCCUUCUGUCUGUUCACGUGAGAAUAGAAACAGUAGCUUCAUGUGUAUGUAAAGAUAGCAACAUGUCAUUUUUUUACUCUUUACUUCCUUUAUGUCUUUCAAUCUUCAGCAUCAGAGAUGUACUAACUGUAUAAUUUAUACUCGGAAAUGAUUUCAGUCAGAAAACAAAGACACAGUUCAUGAAAAGAAAAUAAAUGGUUGAAGCCUAGAA